AUGAGACUACUUCUUUAUGUUGUAUUUUUGAUUGAAUUCGUCUGUGCAAUUGCCGAAGUUGCAGAAUUUUCAGUACCCAGCUUAGUCACGGUUUCGUCGUUGAAUGAAAUUUCACAACAUUGGUAUCACAAUGGAGAUGCACAGUAUGACGAAGGUAGGAUUCUAUUAACUCCAAAACCUACACAUGGACCUAGUAAUGAUGGUACAUACCAGUCAGGGUCAAUAUGGUCGGUUCAGUCACCUAGUCUGAAUGAGUUUACAAUUGAAGUUACAUUAAGAUCUCUUGGCAGUCACGGAUUUACAAAUGCUGGGGUUUCUUUGUUUUUGAUCGACGAGAAAUCUGUUGACUUGCAAGACUCUGAUGGCAUAUUUGGAGGCCCUACGAUUUUCAAAGGUCUACAAUUGACAAUGAAUGUAGAUAAAGAUUUAGGAUCAGUUAUUAAAAUAUUUUUGAAUGAUGGUAAAAAGCUGGAUUAUAAGAAGGACUUUUUGGGAGCUUACAAAUAUGAGUAUCAGUCAUCUAACGUUCCACUGACUAUUAAAAUCGGAUAUUCGAAUAAGUUUUUCAAAAUCACUUGUGACAAUAUACUUUUAUUCGAAACUGAUAGAGUCAAUUUAAGUGAAUUACUAAAAUCCAACUUAAAAUUGGGCGUAUCAGGUAAGUCCCCUAAACUAUUGGAAAAACAUGAGCAAUUUGAGCUCUUAAGACUGAUCACUUAUGAUGCAGUCGUACCAGAACUGAAAGAAGUGGAAGAUGAAACUUUAGUCGCAAUGCAUGACAAAGAUCUGGCACAAAGUAAACCAACAAUUGACUUUAUUGAAAGACAAGAACAAUUGAGGAAGAAGUUAGAGAUUCCAGCAUCUAACAAUCUGAAUAACUUAGAUGAAAUAAAAGAUAUCAAAGAUGGUUUACAAGUAUUAAUGAAGAUGAUCAAUUUAAACGACCAAACAGUUCUACAACAGCAAGUUUUCUCAUUAUCGAAGUCGGUUAACAGAUUGACAAAUAAUUUUGAUGGUCUACAUGCUGAAAUUACCAGAUUAGUGGAAAAGUAUAGUGAAUUAUCCAGUAUGUUUGAUAAACAGGCGAAGUUGCUAGAUAACUAUGAUUCAACCUUAAGAUCGUUUGACAAAGUAUUAAGAAAUCAACUUGAAACUAGUGAAAACCUGGGGUCUAAACUUUCAACUUUAUCAUCAUAUUACACGGAAAAAAAUAAAGUUGAAGAAAAGAACGACAGUGGGAUUUCCCAUAUUAAAUCACUGAUUUACAUGAUUUUCUUACCAAUAUUAUUCUUGCUUUUAGUUGUUGCUCUCUGGGUUCAGAGGUUAAGAAAUGAUAUCAAGCAUGCGAAAGUACUAUAA